CAACUUCACCUUGUACUUGGAGUUUAAUUCAGAAUUGAUGUAAAAAUAAUGUGAUCAAGCGGUAUUUACUAGUAUUUACAUAAGGAAACGCGCAACGAAAUGACAAUUGUCACGCAAAUGUCAAACACCAAUUGCGGCGACAGCGUGGUGACUGCACUUCGAUAUUUAUGUAUUUAAUUCCACAGCGAUUAUAAAGUAUAUGAGAUGUAAAUUUUGUAUUUGUUAUAAUUAUACCGACACUGAACACACCACCGAAUUGUCAAUAACAUAUGCCAACAUGAGGUAAACAAAUGCCACCAAUGGCAAUGCACAGCUGAUAUAACCUUUAAAAGUCGUUUCAUGGCUUUUUGUUUAAAAUUUGCGCCGGUUUUUAAUGGUAUUUAAAAAGUUAAAUAUUAUGUCUAACAGCACAUCUGCAGCUAGCAGCUCCACAUCUACAGUUGCAAAACAAAAACAACAACCGUCGGAAAUUAAAGACAAAGUGAGAGUACUAUGUCUACACGGUUAUCGCCAGAAUGGUGAUGCACUCAAAAAUAAAUUGGGUUCUUUUCGGAAAUUUGCUGGAAAAUAUGCUGAGUUUGUUUUUCUCACAGCACCGCAUCAAGUAAUACUACCCGAAACUGGUGGUGAUCAAGCAGCUGAACAGCGCAGUUGGUGGGCAAAUAAAGAUGAUGGUACCUUUAAAGGUACAAAUAAAGGCGGACCGGCAUUUGGUUUUCAAGAAAGCCUAGGUUUCGUUGAAGAAGCCUGGGAUAAACAGGGACCAUUUCAAGGUUUAUUAGGCUUCUCCCAAGGUGCUUGUUUCGUCGGUUUGCUUUGUGGUUUAGCGAAAAAGAAAUUGACUUCCAUACGUCCCGAUUUUGCUAUAUUAUCAUCCGGAUUUCUUUCUGGCAGUUUGGCGCACAAAAGCGCAUAUGAAGAAAUUAUUACCAUACCUACGCUACAUAUAUACGGACUUAGCGAUGAUAUCAUACCAAAAGAGAUGAGUCAAGAUUUGGCGAGACAUUUUAAAAAUGCUGAAAUAUUAGAACAUCCAGGCGGGCAUUAUUUCCCAGCUACUGCGGCGCAAAAGCAAACAUAUAUAAACUUCUUCCAAGAUCGACUACAAGAAUACUUAGAAAAUUUAGAAUUGCAGCAAGCAAGCAACGUUACAUUUCUUGAAACGGCGGAUAAACAGAUUGCUGUUGAUAGCAGUGACAGUAACGACUCUGACUAGAGAGGCUAGUAAAGUGAGACAUCUGCCAAUAUGUGGUCUUAAUUAUUUAAGUCAAUACAACACAUACAAGUGAUUUCUUUUCUUUUUUUUUAAUAAUUAAUUCUUAUGAUUACAAUUAUGUUAAUUAAUUAAUAAAAUUAACCCAAUAUAUAGUAAUUCAUAAAUUUGCUUCACCAACUCCGCAAAUCGCUACGCAUCUCGUUUACUUGCUUUUAUUUUAUAUUGUAUAUCGUCGAGAUUUUCAUAAGGCUUUACAAUAUAAUUUAUUAUAAAGCGACUUCGCUUUUCAUUUAAA